AUGCAUCUUACGGCUCUUACCCUGGCUUUGGCUACCACCGCCGUCGCGGCGAAGAACUCCACCCAGCCGUACUCGACAUGGAUGGCUACUUCCUUUUUGUCCAAGGGCCAGAAGGUCGACAACCACUACGUCUCCUCCGUGAUUCGUGAAGGUAUCCAGAAAGCCGCCGUGACGCAAAAUGACACUGCUCUGCUUGAGUAUGCCUCCGAGGCCGUCUCGUCCGUUGUCACCUCGAACGGUACCAUCAAGGGCUGGAACGCCACUUACUACACAUUGGACGAUAUCCGGUUUGGCAACAACAUCCUCUACUUCUGGAACUCUGAAGGACGCAAGGACGAGAAAUACGUUGUUGCGGCCAAGGGUCUCAGAGAGCAGCUGAACCGAUGGCCGCGCACCCCCACCGGCGGCUUCUGGCACAGGGCCCCGACUUAUGAGAAUCAGAUGUGGUUAGACGGCAUCUACAUGGCUGAUACCUUCUACGCGACCUACACAUCGUACUUCGAGCCCAACAACAUCACAGCCUGGAACGACAUCGAGCUGCAAUUCGAUCUGAUCGAGGAGCACUGCCGAAAUGAGACAACCAACCUUCUAUACCACGGCUACAGCGAGGACAAAUCGACUGUGUGGGCUGACCCAGAGACCGGUGCCUCCCCGUACGUCUGGGACCGUGCUCUAGGAUGGUACUUCGUUGCGCUUGUUGAGGUUCUAGAGGUCUUCCCCAAGACACACAAGGGCUACUCCAAGCUCGUCGACUACUUCGUCACGCUCGCUUCUGGUAUCAACGACGUGCAAGACACCAGCGGCGGAUGGUGGCUGCUCAUGGACCCGGAGCUUGCUGGAAGGGAAGGCAACUACAUCGAGUCGAGCGCCACCGCCAUGUUCACCUACGCGUACAUGAAGGGUGUCAGGCUCGGUUUGUUGGAGAAGAAGUACCAGGAGACUGCGUCCAAGGCGUGGGAUCUGAUGUUGGACGAGUUCAUCCAGUACGAGAAGAACGGCACCCUCAGCUUCACCGGCACGGUUACUGUGGGAAGUUUGAAGGGCGAUGCGUCGUACGAGUACUACACUGGUGUUGAGACGCUUACCAACGAUGGUAAGGGUGCUGGUGCAUUCAUGUACGCUGCCACCGAGAUGGAGUUGGCCGGACUCGAGUAA